ACGUUUUUUCUUGUUUUAAAUUCCCAAGGAGAUACAAUCCUUUAAUCGGGUCUCUUCGUUACUAAAUUUGACUCGCGAGUCGUUCACUUUAGGAUUGCUUAACAUUGUUGUUGCUUUAGCGGCAGAAAACAUUUCAAAAAUAAUUGUGAACAAUGCUGUAAACUUACGGUCUUUGGCCGGAUAAAAAUCCAGGUCCGUCCGGUUACGUAGAUCCCACUGCUGGGGUAGCUGCCUAAAAUAUCGUCGUCAUUUCACGGUAAGAGGAGAAAUACUGCAAUCGUUUGAUGUCGUUAACAGCAGUAUACCGCAGGUUAACGCUCAAGCAACGCUCAUCCGGACCUCAGCUUCAUAGAAAAUUCAACUACUCGAUGUACUAUCGAAACAUGGCUAGUUUCCGAAAUAACAACCUUUGGUCGAGUAAAAUUCGGGUCAAUUCCGGUAACAUUGAACCGGCUCUUGUUGAAGUUGUGAAAAUUCAACGUUUUGUACUUGGUUCGAAAAUAUAGCUUUCCUCCUCAUCACCAACCCCUUGGGGCACAUACCAAUUAAAAUUUAUAUAUUAAAUAUUGAUUAAUUAACUAAAAUGAGAUUUGUUAGAAUAUGUAGAAAAUUUCCGUAAAGGUUCCCGAGUAACUUUAUUCUUCAACCAGAAACCACUGUCAGACUGACUUACAUUGUAUCAUCGGCUAAUCUCUGCAUGGCUGGUUAUUACCUUUUAUACAUACAAAUGUACAUGUAAGAAACGUAACUUCACCACGCUCAAAAACCAAGAAAACCUUCCUGCUCCAGUUUCAAGAACUGAGCAUAAGCGUGCUCAUAAGAGAGAAUGAGAGAUUUUUAUUACUCCUCUACCAUAGGUGCAUUCAGACAAUAGUUAUGUUGGUCAGCUCCAGUGGGUCGACAGCAUACCUUUGUAGUACUUUGAGGUGAUAGAGACAAAAGGUGUAUUAUUUCGUUAAAAAGCUGGGAGAGUCACAAUAUUUUGAAGCAACAUGAAAAUAGAAUGAAAAUAAAAGAUUGGUGUUGAAAUACAUAUGUCCAUUGGCAGCGUUAUAAGUACACGCGCACUCUGGUCGCGCGGGUUAUGUGUGCGAGCGUAGCAUAAAUCUCACGUUACGAGCCAUAUCAGUAGCUGUAGGAGGGCGGAAGCAGCAGCAGUAGCGGCAGCGUUAUUCAUUUGGUGGGUAUCGGUGGUGGUGGCCAGCAACUUUGCUCUCAAUCGCGUUCCAUUUCUGUAUCUACGCGGUAGCGGAUUUUCGAUACCUCAAUGAAUCGGCUGGCGACGUUUUCUGUACUAGUGUAGCAAAGCGAUUUAUGCGUUGUGUCUCAGAAAAAUGUGCUUAUUACAAAAAAAAAAAAAAAAAAGUGAGAAGCAUUAAAAAGUAAUUGCAAUUUCGGCAUUUAUUUUCGAAAUAUAACAGUGCGUUGUGUUUUAUAUCCGAUUCUUCGCUUACACCUUCUUUGUGCGAAGGUUUGUGCGCAACAUUUUUGCUGCAAGAAAUUCACCAUAGCUUAAUUGCAAAUUUAAAUGUCACAUUGUUGGUGGUUUUGUGUGUCAAUUCUCCAAACAUACAUACGAAUUCUUUAGUGUAACUGCAAUUUGUAGUGAUUUCUACCGAGUACCAGCAAUCAUUUGCCAUAUUUAUGCAAUUCGGUUGGUUUACUAUCUUUUCGAGGCACCUGCCCAGGCGUAGCACCAAAGUAACAUACUCUGAUAGAGCAAAAACUACGCCUGUCUUGGGUGCUUUUGCGCUGCCCUGCGACGUUUUCGUGUCAAGUUCGGUUGUUUAGUUGUAACUAUUUCGGCAAAGUGGUAAGCAUCUGUAAGUGCAAAAUAUUUGUAGUAAAAGUGCGCUGUAGUUGUAUGCCGAAUCACUCUCAAAUGCAGCAAUAAAAUUAAAUAAAAAGUGUUAUUUAUGCAUUGUCACAUCUAAAGAAGUGUAAAAAUAUUUUAAUUUGCAUUAAAUUAAUAGCUUAUUAUCUCACACAAUUUUUUACAAGUGAAAAAAUUGCUAGUGCAACGGUGAACUGCCUCUAAUCAAGGAUAACUGUGCUGCAGCGUGCUUUCGUCUUUGUUUUUCAAAAGUAAUAACAAAUGAUACGUAAAGCGUAGAGUUUUUCCAAAAUUUUACAACAUAUUUUCGCAACUUAAAAUUAAAGGCCAUCUUCGAACUAAAUUUCUAUAAAAUCAAAACUCAUUAACGAAGACGCCAAGUUUUUCAUAUCGAUUUAAUGCAUCAGUGCGCAUUAAAUGUCUUACAACAGAAACUAAGCGACAACAACAACAACAACAUCUAUAUUAAUGUGAAAUAAUUAUAGAGAUUCAUAGUAUUGAUGAAGGCCCGCGAACACCUUUCGUAAAAACAACUCAACCGCAUACAUUCAUAAAUUAAGGUGUUGGUGAAGGAAAGAAAGGAACUCUUGAACACGACGAGCAAAUCGUAUUGUAAGUCUGCGCGCCUAAAUCUAUGCAAACAAUAUAUAACAAAUAGUCUAAAGUCACACGCACACACACAGAAAACGGUCGCUCGUAUAUGUGGUAAUUCUUGUUGUUGUUGAUGGUGGUGGUGAUGGUGCUUUUUGUACGUGUUAGUGCAUUUUAACCCCAAAAACAAAAAGAAAAAACAGUAAACUAAAGUGGAAGCAUCCAACAUUCAGCCAAGUCUCGAAUCGAAAACACACUCUUGGCAAUGGGUGCAAAUGUAUCGCAGCUGGAGCGUGAAAUCGGCUCCGAUCUCUUUCCGCCCAAUGAGCAUUAUUUUGGCUUGGUAAAUUUCGGCAAUACAUGCUAUAGCAACUCUGUGCUGCAGGCGCUCUACUUUUGCAAGCCCUUCCGGGAGAAGGUACUCGAAUACAAGGCAAAAAACAAGCGCCCCAAAGAGACUUUACUCUCUUGCUUAGCCGAUCUGUUCUAUAACAUUGCUACGCAGAAGAAAAAAGUUGGUUCGAUAGCACCGAAGAAGUUCAUUGCACGCCUGCGCAAAGAGAAGGAGGAAUUCGACAAUUACAUGCAACAGGAUGCGCAUGAGUUUCUCAAUUUCCUAAUCAAUCAUAUUAACGAAAUCAUUUUGGCCGAACGUCAUGCCAGCAAGAAUGGCGCCAAUUUUAAUGGCAACGGUAAUGGUGGCGGCGGCGUCGGCGGCACCUCCACUGCCAGCAAAUCCUCUUCGUCCACCAGCACAUCGACAACUGCCUCGAAUUCAACGUCCAACGGCACCUGCACCAAUUCAUCCGGCUCGCUAAACGGUGUCGGCGUCGGUAUUGGCAUCGGCGAUAAUGCUUCGACGCCAACGCAAUCGAAUGCGGCCAACACCGAACCCACGUGGGUACAUGAGAUCUUUCAAGGUAUACUGACGUCGGAGACCCGUUGCCUCAAUUGCGAGACCGUUAGUAGCAAAGAUGAGAAUUUCUUUGAUCUACAAGUCGACGUGGAUCAGAAUACCUCGAUUACACAUUGCUUACGUUGCUUUAGCAACACCGAGACACUUUGUUCGGACAACAAAUUCAAAUGCGACAACUGCUGCAGCUAUCAGGAGGCGCAAAAGCGUAUGCGCGUCAAGAAGCUACCAAUGAUAUUGGCGCUGCAUUUGAAACGCUUCAAAUAUAUGGAACAAUUUAAUCGCCACAUUAAGGUCUCACAUCGUGUUGUAUUCCCACUUGAGCUGCGUCUAUUCAAUACCUCUGACGAUGCCGUAAAUCCGGAUCGUUUGUACGAUCUAAUGGCCGUCGUUAUACACUGUGGAUCGGGACCUAAUCGUGGUCAUUACAUUAGUAUUGUCAAAAGCCACGGGCUCUGGCUAUUGUUCGACGAUGAUAUGGUCGAUAAAAUUGAAGCUUCAACCAUCGAAGAUUUCUACGGACUGACGUCGGAUAUACAAAAGUCCUCGGAGACGGGUUAUAUAUUGUUCUAUCAAUCGCGCGACUGUGCGUCAUCGUAGAGCGCCAGAGCUUAUGGUUAAAUUAUGCAAGAUGCUAUUUGUGGAAAUGUUUUUGAAAAUAGCUACCCAUGAAUUUAUAGAUUACAACAAUUAUUGUUUAGCGAAAGGCAUUACGAAAUGUAGCUUUCAGAAAUUCUUGAAAACAAAAACUGUACGUAUUGUAAUUUUAUGUAAUGUUUAGAUGUUAAGUUGAUUACUUGCUUUGAGGUCUUUUACAAAAUAUAACAAGUUGCUUCACAGCUUUUAUAGUAGCAUACCUUAAGGAUGUGUUGGACGUUAAAGCCAUAUUUUUUGUUAUCAGUCGCUUGUAAUUUUCUUUUUAAAAAAUAAAUUUAAAAUAAUAGGAUGGGUGUCACGGUCCAUUAACGCCACUUUUUAAAACAAAUAAUUUGUGUAGCACAUCCUAAAAAUAUGCAAUGUAAUAUUGCUCCUUAAUACAUUGCCUUCGCGUUGAGGUUCUUCGUUUUGAGCUUUGCGGUAUGCAGCGUUGUUACAUUUUGUGAGUCAAUUAACUUUGUUUAGCAUUUUUUUCAAAUAUUUAGGUAAAUUUAUUUCUAUCAUCAAGUAUCAAUAGUGGGAGGCGCACUUAAAUUAUGAAAAGCCGAGAGAGCACGGUCUUCAAUAAAAUGCUAUAUAUAUUUAUAACAAAUAAUGUACUAUAAUAGUUUUUAUUCCAAUUAGUGAUUUGCUGUUAUCGAUUAUUGUAUAAUUGUGAAACAAGAAUUGUAAUCGUUUUCGAUUAAUCAUGUUUAGUUAGUUCUCUUAUAAUUACAUUAUGUUCAAUAGUAUUCGUAUAUCUAAAACAAUAUUUUUUUUUCAAUUAAAAUAUAUGUACAUACAUAUGUUACAGAAUGCUAUACACAUAGGCUACAUACAAAUAUUAUUGUCAAACAUGUUUGCUUUAAGUAUAAAACGAUUUGAAAAAUAUUUUAGAUUAGUUUCAAAGCUAUACUAGUAGUUACAUAGUAUGUCUCUAUUGCUAAAAAUUAUACAUACACACAUACAUAUUAAAUAAAAAUGUUGAAAACGGUCAAA